GUUGAUUUUAUUUCAUUUUUUUAUAUUUUGUUUUAAUUUCAUCCUUGUCCCAAUCUUCCAUCCAAUAAAUCAGCACGGAGAUUUCUCGCAGUCCCGCCGAUCCCCCGCAGGAGACGUGAAGAAGUUAAGAAUGUGGGGGCCCGACACUGGCAAGGUUCAUCCCACAGGAAUUGCACGCAGUCAGGAAACUUCUCCUUCCGAUCGCUCAGGAACCGGUUCAUCCCCGCAUGCCCAGCCAAUCGUGAAUCUUGGCUUUCAUAAAUAUCAUCUGCAUGAUGCUAUUUGUCUCACCCUCCACCGGACGGCCAAGAGUAUACGCACGAUGGGCCCAUCGCCCAUCAAUGCCUAUAUAAUCCCCCGUUUUCGACUUCAGAUUCCUCUCAAAGUGACCAAAUCAUUCCAACAUGAAGACUUUUUCGUCACUGGCCUUGGCCAGCUUGGCCCUAGGAACUGCUGCCCUCGAUGCCGAGGAGAUCACCAAGCAAUACUACGGCAACGAUGCAGCUUGGUACCUGGAUCGCAUUCCCCUCUUUGAAUCCAGCGCCUCCGAGAUCCAAGACGUCUAUUAUUAUCGCUGGAAUGUCUUUCGAGCCCAUCAGCGUGAUCUGGGGUCAUACGGGUAUAUCUCCACCGAGUUCAUCGUCGACGUGAGCUGGCAAGUUCAGCCAUACGCGCUUCUGAUCAACGCGGCCAACUUCCAUCUGCGCGAGGGGCGAUGGUGUCGCGAUCGUCGAUUCAAGAAUGAAUAUGCGACGUUCUUGUACGGCCCCAACGGCAACCCCUACCAGUUCUCCGAGAGCAUGGCCGACGGUGUGUGGCAGGGUUACCUGGUUGAUGGCGUGGCAGACGAUGCAACCGCCCAUCUCGACGCCAUGCAGAAGGUGUACAAGGGCUGGAACUCGACCAUGGAUAUUGGUGGAUACGACACGUCGAAGGGUCUGUACUGGAUCCAGCCCUUGACUGAUGCGACCGAGUAUACCAUCUCUAGUAUCGAUGCUUCGGGAGGAGAAGACGGGUUUACCGGUGGCUUUGCCUUCCGUCCCAGCAUCAACAGCUACCAAUACGCGAACGCACUGGCCAUUUCCAAGCUGGCCAGCCUCCAAGGCAACAAGGCAGUCGCCGACGACUACGAGGACCAGGCCAAGACGAUUAAGAAACUGGUGCAGGACUCCCUGUGGAACAGCACAUUCGAGCAUUUUAUCGACCGCUACAAGCAGGACAACGAGCAUGUCACUUACUGGGACUUCAUCCGAGGCCGUGAGCUGGUCGGCUACGUCCCCUGGACCCAUGAUCUGCCCGAUGACACGGAAGACUACGCCCAGGCAUGGAAACAUCUGAUCGACUCGGACAAGCUGGCCGGCGAGCAUGGUCUGCGCACCAACGAGCCCAGCUACGAGUACUACAUGCGCCAAUAUCGCUACGAAGGCAAGAACCGCGAAUGCCAAUGGAACGGACCGGCGUGGCCCUACCAGACCACGCAAGCCCUCACUGCCCUUGCCAACCUGUUGGACCACUAUCCCACCGGAGCCGGAGCCGGCGUCAUAUCCAAAGCCGACUACACCAAGAUCCUAACGCAGUACGCGAAACUGCACUACAACCCCAUCCGCGGUGGUCUAAACAUCGAGGAAGACUACGAGACCGACACCGGGAAUCCAAUCGUCGGUCUCGACCGCUCUCCUCACUACUUCCACUCCGGCUACGUCGACCAGGUCAUCUCCGGCUUCGUCGGCAUCCGACCCCGCGAGGACGACGUCCUCGAGGUAAACCCGCUCGCAGACGUCGAGACCGUAUCGUACUUCCGCGCCGAGCGAAUCCUCUACCACGGCCACGACGUCGCCGUCCAAUGGGACGCAACAGGCGACAAGUACGGCAAAGCGGGUCUCAUCGUGGAAGUCGAUGGCGAACAAGUCGCCACGGCGGAUAAACUCAGCCGCGUAACUGCUAAAAUCACACGCAAGGAUCCCCCCAGCUUUGAAAAGCCCGUCUCCGUCUCCAUCCAACUCGCCACCUCUUCUGACUACCCGAAAGGCAGCGUUUCUGUCGCUGAUGCCGACGCCGAGAGAGUGCACGGCGCCAUCGACGGCCGCGUCUGGUUCUUCCCGGACUCAAGCAUCGCGAACGGAUGGGACUCGCCCGCCGGCAACGGCAGCGAAGUAUGGUACCAGAUUGACUUUGGCAGCGGGACAAAGACCGCAAGCUCAGAGAUUGCGUUCUUCGCCAAUAGUACGCAGGGAUUUGAUGCGCCGGAGAGCUACCGUAUCCAGACUAACGAGUCUGGUUCGUGGAAGGAUGUGGCGAACGCCAAGUAUAGCGACCCCUUGGCGAAUGGCAUUACGCGGGCGUCGUGGGAUGAAGUUACCACGAAUCAGAUCCGGUUGGUGUUCCAGCCACAGGAUGAGAAGAAGGUGCGAUUGGUGGAGUUCAAGGUGUUUGAGGAGGUGGUGAAGGGUUGAUGGUGAUGCGACUGGGGAUGGAUGAGUGUCCUCUUCGAUGGUUACUGUACAUAAGUUUUAUGCGUUAAGCAUUUGCGCAGUCAUUUUCAAGGCAACAAUCUU